AUGAUCAGCCAGAAAGCUUCGUCCUCCCCGUCCAGUUCCACUUGGGUCGAUCAAGCUCUCCCUAUACCGGGGCUGCUGUUGACGUCCACCGUCGCCUUUACUCUGCUCGGCUUGAAAGUAAACGAGUGGAGAGGCUCAGAGCGGUUUGCCGAAUUCAUCACCAAUGAUCGGACGACAGUUGCAAUCGCCAUCCAGAUCGUUUCUCACGUUCUCGGUCUGAUUCAAGUGCAAGUUCUAUGCACGGUGAUAAAGUCUUCCUUUACAGCAUCCACCGCUUCUCGUACAUUUUCUCUCAAUGCAUUCCAAUUUGUCCACGCAGCCUCUAUACCCAGAGUGUCAUUCUCAUUGCCGUGGUCUUUGUCCAUGCCACUCAUCACCCUUGUUUUGCUAUCUUUCUUCCCCUCCGCGCUAUGGUCUGGCGCCAUAACACCAAUACUCUCUGAAAAAGUGACCUCGCAACCUUCCAUGAUCCCGAGUUUCCAAACUACCAAUCUGUCCGCGUUGUGGGAAGGCAACAGCUCAACAUCGACGUCAGGAUCUGGCAGCCUCGGUCAAUGGCUGACAGCCGACGGCCUCUUCUCCUAUGAUCCCAGCGCCCUACGCAAUCUGAUCCUCAAUUCAGCAAGUGAUGCUUCGACGACCAAUUCAUCAGGCCACUUGCAUCAGAAGCUCGACAAGACGGGAUUUCUCUACCUCAAUCGAAGUUACGGUGUUGGUGCUGCCACCGGACUCAUCGACGUGGCAGGCACAAGCUCCCCACAAUGGGUGUCGUACUUUGAACCCGGCUUCUACUCCAACGUCUCAUGCAUAUACAACGCCUCGAGCGCCUACCGUAUCGAUAAACUCGACACGCCCUCCGGCUGGACGCUCAACGUGUAUCAAGCCGCCGGCUCGUACCCGACAGGCGACUCCACCGGAGGUUGGGUGUACGUCGGCUAUUCAGCGAUGGACAUUUUCUCUUGGGGCGUCAUAUACAAGAACAAGACACGCAGGUCGUACGUCUCGCUGACGACUGCAGCCAAUGAAUCCCAAGACGCAUGGUCGUUCAGCGGAUUCAACAACAUCCAAUGUCAGAUCGACUUCGAGGCAAGAAAUUACUCGGUUCAGGUCAAUCACACAAACAGCGUCAUCUCUGUCACGCCCAAGGAAGGAUUGCAGUGGCCCAGCUACGCGGACGCUGUGAUCGACGAGGUCACAACAUGGCUCUGGGUCUUCUCGUACGUCGACAGCUCCUUCGGCGGCUCGUACCUCGGCCGCACACUCCGUCUCAACGUCAACCAGCUUCAAAACGCCACGGGCGACUUCAGCUCCGACACGACCCUCCGCGGCGUCUCGGACUAUCUCUCUUCUUGCGUCGACAACAUCCUUGUCGCCCUGUCCUCGGCACGCCUGGUUGCCGCCAACGCGACACUCCCGGUCGAGGCAAGCGUCGGGGUUCCGGCGGUGACCUUUGGCGAAACGGAGUAUAUCGGCAGCAUCCUCGCUUUGAACAUAUUUGUCUGUCUGCUCUACGCUGCCGAAGCACUACGCACGCGUUUCUGGAGGAAUAUGCCGCAAUUGGACUUGAUGGACCUCACCAGUGUUGUCCUGGCUGCGUGGAAAGGCGGGAUUGGGCUCGUGAGUGGAGGUACAGAGGAUGAUGUAUUCGGCGUGGACACGGCUGCAAAGGAUAUCAGAGUUACCCUAGAUGGGUCGAAGGGUGGUAUCCCGUGUAUGGUGCCCCUUUCGGCUUCUCAGAUAAUAGUCAAUGGCAAAGAGAGCGUACUGGCCAAGAGCCAGCGGUGA